CUGUAGUCAGUCAGACUCUGACGUGAAAACACAUUGACAGGCUCGAGCAUUUCACAUCUUCACAUCUUUCUUUCCAGAAUGUACCAUUGUGACAGUGAAGGAAAUCGAGUCACCGUUGAAAAAAAGAUCAGAGACGUCACAGGGGAAAUUUUCAGUUAAAGAUGUUGCGACUCGUAGCCCUUCUUGGAAUAGCUAGUCUGCUAGUAUGCCAGUCGGCCGGUCAGGAUGCUGCAAACGCGGAGGAACAAGAAGACUUUUACCCUGCUGAGAGGACGAAUGGUUUUGACAAUUUAAAAGGAAUCAGGGACAGUGAUGACCAGCAUCUACACAGCGCCACCAAGCGAGAUGUUAGCGACAGGCAACGUGAGAUUGAUCUGGCAGCGCAGCAGCCAUUCUACCCGUACGGCAGGAGAACAGACGUACCGGGCCGGCCCAGCGGCUUCGUAUUCGGCAAGAGAGGGCAAUUCUUCCUCCCUUACCAGUAUCAAAAGCGGGAACUAGAUGAGGUCAACCCGUACAGCGUAGCCAAGCGAGACGACGAGUUGACCGGUCUGGAGGAGGAGCUUGACGCCAGCAAACGGUCCAAUGGACCGUAUAGCAUGAGCGGGCUGCGCUCGCUCACUUUCGGCAAGCGUGAAGACGCGUGGAGCCCGGAAAAGAGAGCCGAUCUGUUCCGCUCCUACGCAUUCGGCAAGCGGGCCCUUGGCAGCAACUUUGCCUUCGGCAAGCGUGGCUACUCCUCCUUCGACUUCGGCAAACGCGCGGGACUCGGCAGCAGCUUUACCUUCGGCAAGAGAGGGGUCCCGGAUGUGGACAGAUUCGCCGAUGAGGACGCCCUCCUGCAGGACAACAAGCGCGCCCUCGGCAGCAGCUUCUCGUUCGGCAAGCGGAGCGGUCUGUCCAGCUUCACCUUCGGCAAGCGGGCGGGUGAACGAUAGAACACUGAGGGCGUCCUAUCGCAUACCCAACACUUGUAACAGAUUCACUAUUAUUCUUAUUAUUUCAACUCACGUUUGAUUGACCACUGGUUUAUGUUUUUACGAAAAGACCAGAAUGCUGGUCAUUCAGUUUUUAGCCUUAAAAUAGUUUAGCCCUGUCAAGGGACAUUUAAUACAGGAGAGAGAAAAAAAAGGAGAAAACUAAACAGUUGACCAUGGAAUACGUUUGUAAAUAAAGAUAACAGUUACAAUCUAUACUAGAAAAUGACGAAGAUUUCUUGUAAGAAAGGUCAUUAAAAUUUAUGACCAAAAUAUAUUUUCUUUUUUCCUUUUAAAGUUUUCGCCAAAUUUUCAGAUCCCUUAAAUAGUGUUUCUACUCGGGAGUUAUGUUAUAGCUAUGUGAUGAUAAAGUACUUCUUUAUUUGCGUACUUUGGAUAAACUAUGAAGUGCAAAUUGCACAUAUUUGGCAAAUCAUCCAAUUGUAUUUAUUUACUUCAUUAAUAAUAGUUACAGUAGAAGGUGUUAAAGCAAACAACAGUAAAAUCAAGACGGAUUUAAUGUAUUUACUUUAGGCUUGAUGAUUUUUAUUAAAGUCGGUUACGAGACAUU